AUGGAUAAAGAAGAUGCUUUAAUUGUUUUUCAAAAUCAUAUAAAAUCUGCUGAAGGUCAUUAUUUAAAAGAAAAGCAAAAUGAAGCGCUUAGAAUAAAAAGAAGUGAACGCAAAACACGUGAACAAUUUAUUCAAUUUUUAUCGGAAUUAUUUGAAAGAGGAUUGAUAACACCAACAAGUACAUGGGCAUCCUUAUACCCAACAAUUUCUGCAGAUCGCCGUUUCGAAAAUAUGUUAUUAACAACUGGUUCAACAUCAUUAGAUUUAUUUAAAUUUUAUGUAGAAGAUUUAAAAAAUCAAUUUUACACUGACAAAAAAAUUGUUAAAGAAAUUUUGGUUCAAAAAGAAAUUGUUUUGAAAGAUUCUGUGGCUUUUGAUCAUUUUCAACAAUGGAUUAGAGAACAUCCUAAAGGAAAGAAAAUUUCUACAAACAGUUUAAAAUUUUGUUAUUAUUCUUUGUGUGAUAAAGCUAUUGAAAAGGUGAAGGAAAGUGAACGGGAAAUGGAUAAAAAGAAAAAGAAAUUGGAAGAAUCCUUUAUUAGUCUGCUCCAAUCAAUUACUCCACCAAUAGAACCAGAAACUGAAUGGGAACAAAUUUUAGAAUUAAUAAAAGAUGAAGAACAAUAUAAAGCUAUAGAAGAUGACCAAUUAAAAGAACAAAUAUUUAAUUUUUAUAUAAGGUCAAUACAAGAAGCUUGUGGACAUUUUCAUGGACCAACAAAAGCAAAUAGUAUUACUACAUCUUCAUCUAAAAAGAAGAAGGAAAAAAAGAAGAAGAAAAGAAAGAGUGAAGAGGAUCACGAAGAUGACCGUGAACGUAAACCAAAAAAAUCUAAAAAGAAAAAGAAAGAAUCAAGUUCAGAUGAAGAAUGA